GCAAUCAUAAACACUGUAAACAGUAUAAUGAUAAAUUGAUCAAAGUAUUUAUAAGAAAAAUUAUUAUUUUCAAAAUAUAUAAAAUUAAUCAUCAGUAUGGGCCAAGAAAUUGAUGGCGUAAAGGAAACCACUGACGAUGAAAGUAAAAAAUUAAAUGAAAUUAAUAAUAAUUUCGUUGAAACCUGCAAGGAGUGUGAUGUUAACAUUACAAGAACGACUCUUCAAGAAUUUUAUAGUAACGAGUGCAUUUUUAUAACAGGUGGAACUGGAUUUCUCGGAAAAAUUUUGAUCGAAAAACUUUUGCGAUGUUGCCCAGAUAUUUCACGGCUUUAUCUGCUUGUGCGUUCAAAAAAAAAUAAAAAUAUUACCGAUCGGAUAGACGAACUUUUUCAUAAUCGAAUUUUUGAUCGGUUACGAGAAAAAAUGCCAGAAUUUAGUAAUAAAAUUAUAGGCAUACCUGGGGAUUGUUCUCUUCCAGGUUUAGGUCUGUCUACUGAAGACACUCAACGACUCAUUGAUGAAGUUACAAUAGUUUUUCAUGCUGCCGCUACUGUACGUUUUGAUGAGGAAAUAAUAGAAGCUACGGCUAUUAACAUCCAAAGUACUUAUAGCAUUAAUGAUCUUUGUCAAAGAAUGCCAAAAUUAAAGUCGUUUGUUCAUGUAUCAACAGCUUAUGCAAAUUGUUUCUCCCCAAAUAUUGAAGAAAAAUUUUACGAUUAUUCAAUAAAAUGUCAAGAAUUCCUUGAUCUUGUAAAAUUAUUGUCAAAGGAUGUUAUGUAUAAAAUUUCGCCGCAUUUGAUGACCUCCUGGCCAAACACCUAUACAUUUACUAAAGCACUGGCGGAAGAUUUGAUCAGGACAAAAAGUAAAGAUUUACCUAUAGGUAUUUUCAGACCGGGAAUUGUGAUUUCUACGGCAGAGGAACCAAUUCCUGGUUGGAUCGACAAUUACUACGGACCUACUGGAAUCGUAGCUGCAAUAGUCAGCGGAGUGAUGCGAGCAUUACAUUGUGAUUCUGAAAAAAUUGCAAACAUCGUGCCGGUAGAUCUUACGGUCAAUGCACUAAUUGCCAGCGCCUGGGAUAUUGCCGCUCAAGUUGAUAGAAGAAACGAAAAAAUGUUGAUCUACAAUUUUACGUCAACGGUAGAAGCACCGAUUAAAUGGGGCAAGUUCGGUCAAAAUAUAAUAAAAUAUGUAGACAAGUAUCCGACAAAAAGUGCUUUAUGGUAUUCGGUUUGCAAACUAAGGAAAUAUAAAUUUAUGUAUUGCUUACGUAUUUUCUUUCUCCAUUGGAUUCCUGCGACAUUGUUAGAUUUAAUUGCAGUAGGCAGCGGACAAAAGCCGAGAUUUAAAAAAAUGUAUGAAAAGAUGCACAAAUUUGCUUAUGUCAUAUCUCCCUUUUGCACAAACGAAUGGGUAUUUACAAAUAAUAACGUUCGAAAUUUGUGGCAACGACUGAAUUCUCAAGACAAACUAAUGUUCAAAUUUUCCAUGGGCAACUUUGAUUGGAAUCAAUAUCUUGACGAUUAUGUAAAAGGAGUUAGAAUAUAUUUACUAAAGGAUGACAUAAAAACUCUUGAAGCUAGUAAAGUAAAGUGGAGAAGACUCUAUUGGAUGGACAAAUUAGUACAAAUAUUACUUUUUGCUUUUGGAUGUUGGUUAUUAUGGAAUAUUUUAUCGCCGAUAUUUAAAUAAAAAUCAAGAAAAAUAAUUCAUAGGAAUGCUAAGUGAGACUAAUAUCAGAAAUACUAUGAAAAUAAAAAUUACAAAUAUGGCGAAAUUCACACCACACACAAAGGAAGAGUCUUCUGAACCCUGAGCAGGCAUUUCGAAAAAUAUAGACCGAUUAAUAGAUCUUGUGUUUAAUGUUGUCAAAAGCUCAUAUAAGUGAAUCAUACAUGGCUGCUACAAAAUUUGUAAUUCCUUUUUACGGAUAUUUAACUAAAAUAUACUUAA